GGCGUUUUUGGUCGAAGAGAGAUGAAGUAAUGAGAAGACAUCAUGGAGGCCCAGUCCCACAGCUCCACGGCCACUGAAAAGAAAAAAGUUGAGAAUUCCAUAGUGAAGUGCUCCACUCGAGCAGAUGUGAGUGAGAAAGCCGUUGCCUCCAGCACCACUUCCAAUGAGGAUGAAAGUCCUGGACAGACUUAUCACAGAGAGAGAAGAAACGCAAUCACUAUGCAGCCACAGAACGUGCAGGGGCUCAGCAAAGUCAGUGAGGAACCUUCAACAUCAAGUGACGAGAGGGCCUCAUUGAUCAAGAAGGAGAUCCAUGGGUCGCUGCCACACCUGGCGGAGCCCUCUGUGCCAUACCGGGGGACGGUGUUUGCCAUGGACCCCAGGAAUGGUUACAUGGAGCCCCACUACCAUCCACCUCAUCUUUUCCCUGCCUUCCAUCCUCCUGUACCAAUUGAUGCCAGACAUCAUGAGGGCCGUUACCAUUACGAUCCGUCUCCGAUUCCUCCAUUGCAUAUGCCUUCUGCCUUAUCUAGUAGCCCAACCUACCCGGACCUGCCCUUCAUUAGGAUCUCCCCGCACCGGAACCCCGCUGCUGCUUCCGAGUCUCCCUUCAGCCCUCCGCAUCCCUACAUUAACCCCUACAUGGACUAUAUCCGCUCCUUGCACAGCAGCCCGUCGCUCUCCAUGAUCUCAGCAACUCGUGGGCUGAGCCCUACAGAUGCUCCCCAUGCAGGAGUCAGCCCAGCAGAGUACUAUCAUCAAAUGGCCCUGCUAACCGGCCAGCGCAGCCCCUAUGCAGACAUUAUUCCCUCAGCUGCCACUGCUGGCACGGGGGCCAUCCACAUGGAAUAUCUUCAUGCUAUGGAUAGCACCAGAUUCCCCAGCCCCAGGCUGUCAGCCAGGCCGAGCCGAAAACGUACCCUGUCCAUAUCACCACUGUCCGAUCAUAGCUUUGACCUUCAGACCAUGAUAAGGACGUCUCCCAACUCCUUGGUCACGAUUCUCAAUAAUUCCCGUAGCAGCUCUUCAGCAAGUGGCUCCUAUGGUCACUUAUCUGCAAGUGCAAUCAGCCCUGCCUUGAGCUUCACCUACUCUUCUGCGCCCGUCUCUCUCCACAUGCAUCAGCAGAUUCUAAGCCGACAGCAGAGCUUAGGUUCAGCCUUUGGACACAGCCCUCCACUCAUCCACCCUGCCCCAACUUUUCCAACACAGAGGCCUAUUCCAGGGAUCCCUACGGUUCUGAACCCCGUCCAGGUCAGCUCCGGUCCUUCUGAGUCCUCACAGAACAAACCCACGAGUGAGUCUGCAGUGAGCAGCACUGGUGACCCGAUGCACAACAAGAGGUCCAAGAUCAAACCCGAUGAAGACCUCCCCAGCCCAGGGGCUCGGGGGCAGCAGGAACAGCCCGAAGGAACAACCCUUGUCAAGGAGGAAGGGGACAAAGAUGAAAGCAAGCAGGAGCCUGAAGUCAUCUAUGAGACGAACUGCCACUGGGAAGGCUGCACGAGGGAGUUCGACACCCAAGAGCAGCUUGUGCACCAUAUAAAUAACGACCAUAUUCAUGGAGAGAAGAAGGAGUUUGUGUGCAGGUGGCUGGACUGCUCAAGAGAGCAGAAACCCUUCAAAGCCCAGUAUAUGUUGGUAGUGCAUAUGAGAAGACACACAGGCGAGAAGCCUCACAAAUGCACUUUUGAAGGUUGCACAAAGGCCUACUCGAGACUAGAAAACUUGAAAACACACUUGAGAUCUCACACUGGAGAGAAACCAUACGUCUGUGAGCACGAGGGUUGCAACAAGGCUUUCUCAAAUGCCUCUGAUCGCGCCAAGCACCAAAACAGAACACAUUCCAAUGAGAAACCAUAUGUGUGCAAAAUCCCAGGCUGCACUAAGCGUUACACAGACCCAAGCUCCCUCCGGAAACACGUGAAGACAGUGCACGGCCCAGAGGCUCAUGUCACCAAGAAGCAGCGAGGGGACAUCCAUCCUCGGCCUCCACCCCCGAGAGAUUCCGGCAGCCAUUCACAGUCCAGGUCGCCUGGCCGGCCGACUCAGGGAGCCCUCGGUGAGCAGCAGGACCUUAGCAACACUACCUCAAAGCGAGAAGAAUGCCUCCAGGUGAAAACCGUCAAGGCGGAGAAGCCCAUGACAUCUCAGCCAAGCCCUGGUGGUCAGUCUUCAUGCAGCAGCCAACAGUCCCCCAUCAGCAACUAUUCCAACAGUGGGCUCGAGCUUCCUCUGACCGAUGGAGGUAGUAUAGGAGACCUCAGUGCCAUCGACGAAACCCCAAUCAUGGACUCGACCAUUUCCACUGCAACCACAGCCCUUGCUUUGCAAGCCAGGAGAAACCCGGCAGGGACCAAAUGGAUGGAGCACAUAAAACUAGAAAGGUUAAAACAAGUGAAUGGAAUGUUUCCGCGACUGAACCCCAUUCUACCCCCUAAAGCCCCUGCAGUCUCUCCUCUCAUAGGAAAUGGCACACAGUCCAACAACACCUGCAGCUUGGGUGGGCCCAUGACCCUUCUCCCGGGCAGAAGCGACCUCUCCGGGGUGGACGUCACCAUGCUGAACAUGCUCAACAGGAGGGACAGCAGUGCCAGCACCAUCAGCUCGGCCUACCUGAGCAGCCGCCGCUCCUCGGGCAUCUCGCCCUGCUUCUCCAGCCGCCGCUCCAGCGAGGCGUCGCAGGCCGAGGGCCGGCCGCAGAACGUGAGUGUGGCCGACUCCUACGACCCCAUCUCCACCGACGCCUCGCGCCGCUCCAGCGAGGCCAGCCAGGGUGACGGCCUGCCCAGCCUGCUCAGCCUCACGCCCGCCCAGCAGUAUCGCCUCAAGGCCAAGUACGCGGCCGCCACGGGCGGACCGCCGCCCACGCCCCUGCCCAACAUGGAGAGGAUGAGCCUGAAGACGCGCCUGGCGCUGCUCGGGGACUCCCUCGAGCCCGGCGUGGCCCUGCCUCCAGUCCACGUCCCGAGGAGGUGCAGCGAUGGGGGAGCCCACGGCUACGGGCGGCGCCACCUGCAGCCACACGACGCGCCGGGCCACGGGGUGAGGAGGGCCAGCGACCCCGUGCGCACGGGCUCCGAGGGCCUGGCCCUGCCCCGCGUGCCGCGCUUCAGCAGCCUCAGCAGCUGCAACCCGUCGGCGAUGGCCCCGUCCGCGGAGAAGCGAAGCCUGGUGCUUCAGAAUUACACGCGGCCCGAGGGCGUCCAGCCCCGAAACGUCCACUCGUCCCCGUGUCCUCCUAGCAUCACCGAGAACGUCACCCUGGAGUCCCUGAGCAUGGACGCUGAUGCCAGCUUGAACGAUGAGGAUUUCCUGCCGGACGACGUGGUGCAGUAUUUAAAUUCCCAGAACCCAGCAGGGUACGAGCAGCACUUCCCGAGCGCCCUCCCGGAUGAGAGCAAAGUGCCCCACGGGCCCGGUGACUUUGACGCACCAGGGCUGCCAGACAGCCACGCCGGCCAGCAUUUCCAUGCCCUCGAGCAGCCCUGCCCCGAGGGCAGCAAAACCGACUUGCCCAUCCAGUGGAACGAAGUCAGCUCCGGGAGUGCCGACCUGUCCUCCUCCAAGCUCAAGUGUGGCCCGCGGCCCGCCGUGCCGCAGACUCGCGCCUUUGGGUUCUGCAACGGCAUGGUGGUCCACCCGCAGAACCCCUUGAGGAGUGGGCCCGCUGGGGGCUAUCUCGGGGAGAACAGCAGCCCCUAUGGUGGCCCAGAGCACUUGGUGCUGCACAGCAGCCCCGGAAGUGGUACCAGUGGAAAUGCCUUCCAUGAACAACCCUGCAAGGCCCCGCAGUAUGGGAACUGUCUCAACAGGCAGCCAGUGGCCCCUGGUGCACUAGACGCUACCUGUGGGGCAGGGAUUCAAGCCUCAAAGCUGAAAAGCACCCCUAUGCAAGGGAGCGGGGGCCAGCUGAAUUUCAGCCUGCCGGUAGCGCCAAAUGAGUCAGCUGGCAGCGCAGUAAAUGGCAUGCAGACCCAGGAUCCGGUGGGACAGGGGUACCUGGCUCACCAGCUCCUUGGCGACGGCAUGCAGCACCAGGGGCCAGGCCGUCCUGGUCAGCAGAUGCUUGGGCAGGUUAGUGCUACCUCACAUAUCAACAUCUAUCAAGGGCCAGAGAGCUGCCUGCCAGGGGCUAACGGCAUGGGCAGCCAGCCGUCAAGCUUGGCAGUUGUCAGGGGCUACCAGCCGUGUGCCAGCUUUGGGGGCAGCAGGCGCCAGGCCGUGCCGAGGGGCAGCCUUGCUCUGCAGUCAGGACAGCUCAGUGACACAAGUCAGACCUGCAGGGUGAAUGGCAUCAAGAUGGAGAUGAAAGGGCAGCCCCAUCCACUGUGCUCUAAUCUGAAUUACUCUGGUCAGUUCUAUGACCAAACCGUGGGCUUCAGUCAGCAAGACGCGAAAGCUGGUUCAUUCUCCGUUUCAGAUACCAGCUGCCUGCUACAGGGGACCAGCGCCAAAAACUCUGAGUUACUUUCCCCAGGUGCUAAUCAGGUGACAAGCACAGUGGACAGCCUCGACAGCCAUGACCUGGAAGGGGUACAGAUUGAUUUCGAUGCCAUCAUAGACGAUGGGGACCACUCCAGCCUGAUGUCGGGGGCCCUGAGCCCAAGUAUCAUUCAGAACCUUUCCCAUAGCUCCUCCCGUCUCACCACGCCUCGGGCAUCCCUCCCGUUCCCGGCGCUGUCCAUGAGCACCACCAACAUGGCUAUCGGGGACAUGAGUUCUUUGCUGACCUCCCUAGCGGAAGAAAGCAAAUUCCUUGCAGUUAUGCAAUAGGCUUUAGGAAGGAAAAGGACUGCAACAAACGUGAAUCUAUAGGAGUCAAAAAGAUGAAACUGACUUUGUUUUGGCUGGUUUUUUUUUAGUUCUGUAUGUAUUUUAGCAGUCUCAUCUCACAUACCUGGGAUGUGUUUCAAAUAUAUUCCUUUUAUGGAAAAGGACUCUGAAAAACCCUAAAGUAUUCUAGGGAGAAACUGUCUUCCAUUUCAGUUUUGAAUCAGUAUUGUUACACUCAAACCACCCUCUUUUUUAAAAAAAAAAACAAACAAACAAACUGUAAGCUCCCCCACCUUUUUUAGUAAACUGAUGUAAAUGUG